AUGAAACCUAAAUUAGCAAAACGAUCGGUACCUAAUAAAAACACUCAACAACGUUCAUUCCCAACUCAGACAAAGCUCGUACCUAUUCCGCAUGUUGAAAAUCACAUCUCCUCUUCGUCGAAUGCAAAUGAUGUAUGUACAGAAACGUAUCAUUCGGAUUCUUCAACCUUAUGUUUAAAACCUAAUGUACCAUUGAGAACUGAAAGAUUACUUAAACGUGAUUUAUUGCGUUGUAGCAAUCAGCGUCCAUCAUUUCUUGGUCUGCAAACUCUACAACCACCGCGCAUUCAUCCCGGAUCACAACCAAUCCAUUCGAUUGUCCCAACACCAUUACACCAUGCAAAUAGCAAACGCUCGAGUUCUCUAUCAGAUAAUCCACAAACUCUUCAAGCAACGAUCGAUCGUAUCGGUCCCUGGCCAGAUGUGUCAAUAAAUUAUAUUCGUUCUCAAGGAAAUGAUCCACUUCAACCACUGAAAAACUUUCGCCAUGCGAAAAAUCCUUAUUCACUUUCUACGAAAUACUAUUCGACAUUAAGUGAUCAUCAUACGAAAUUUAAAUUCCAUCCGUCGAAACGAUCUUAUAUUGAAGAUUACCGUAAACAAAAAGGUUACUUGUUAAGUUCUCAUCCACGUCUUCAGCGAAAGUCUUUAUCAACUUCGUCACUCGGACGAAUCAAACAUCUUGAUAAUGGUGACGAUGAGGAUGACGAUCAAGUUUCGAUUCACGGUACAGUUAGUGGACCGUCUGGUAGUUUCACAGCUCGCGAUCACUCAGAGUUCUCUACGACAAAUUUAUCCAUACAUUCUCGCGGAAUUUCGAAAUCUGUCGACGAUAUUGUUCAUCAUAUUAACAAUGAUCAUUCAUCAAGUAAUUCACAUCUACCGAGUAUUCCACUUCGAAAUAAUCAACAAUUUCGAACCCUUCGUCGUGAUCAACAACAGCUAGCGUUCUUACCAGCAAUAAAUCCUCCUGCAUAUCAAUAUGUAAAUAGUAUCAAUUCGAUUGAACCGUCUUAUAAUGAUCAUAGGAAAUUACACAAUCCAUCGAAAGUUUAUUUUAUCGACGGACGACAACAGAAAAGUGAAAACGAGAUUGCGACCCGUGCACAAGGUUACUUUGAACUUCGAACUACCGGUAGCCCGAUAAUGCCAGAAAAAGACAGAGUGGCAGCUGUGGUAAUCUAUCAAUUAGCUCGUCGAACAUAA